AUUUUGUUUUUCUUCUGUUUGCCCAGGAGCAACAGGCGGUAUCAUUUUGUGGAGACUUGAUAUUUUUGUUAUUGUUCUGACAAACAACAAAAACACAAAUAGACACAAUAGACACAAGCCACAAUAACAGAUUUUUAAACGGAAGUGAAUAUUUGAUAACUCGUUGCGAACUAUUUUUUCAAUCUCGGUAGUACAUAGCUAGUUUCAUUAUAAACAUUCAUUGUAUUUUAUUAAAGUGAAAUCAAUAAAAAUGUUUACAACAUAACCACAUACUUUUGUGAACCCCGUUUGACAUUUGUCUGAUUCUGACACUUCUCAUAAUUAAUUCGAAAGGGUGGUGCUGGUGGCAGCACUGGCAAAGAAUAUUUAAAUCGAUUGUUGUGAUAUGAUUAUUUGUAUUAUAAUUGAUGCAAAACAUGGAAUCAUUGCUAGUUCAUUGUAUAUUCUUUGCACUUCUGAUAAAUUGUUCGAUUUCUUCAUCAGGUGAUUAUUCGCCUUAUUACCAAAGAUGUUUUGAAAAAUGCAGUCUACUGAACUGCACAGAUGACGGUCUUGGAUUCAAGAACUACGAACAACCUACUAUUCUGUAUUAUACCCGAUGGGCAUGUGAAGAUGAAUGCAGGUACAAUUGUAUGUGGAAGACCGUAGAUGCCUUUCAUGAACGAAAGUGGAGGACCCCACAGUUUCAUGGAAAAUGGCCCUUCAUCCGAUUUAUGGGUAUGCAAGAACCAGCCUCAGUAAUUUUUUCGAUACUGAACGGAAUCAUUCAUUUGAAAAUGAUCUGCACAUAUCGAAAGGAGGUUAGGCCAGAUAGUCCUCUUACGUGGUUAUGGCACUCAUUUUUUGUGGUCAGUAUACAUGCUUGGUUUUGGUCGGCUGUCUUCCAUUUCAGAGAUUUUUUGUUGACUGAAAUCUUAGACUAUGCUUGUGCCUUUUCUAUGGUGCUAAUGAAUUGUUAUGUAAUGAUGAUAAGGUUACUGAGAAAUAAGGUGCCGCGAUUUGCUCUCGUUGGGCUUACUAUGUCCUUCAUUGCAUUUCUAGUUAGUCAUGUGGGAUAUUUGAGCCUGGGUAGGAUCGAUUAUGGGUAUAAUAUGGAGCUCAACGUCAUAGUUGGUACUUUCACAGCUAUAUGUUGGUUUGGAUGGUGCAUUUAUAACAGAAGUAGGCAAAGAUAUGUCUGGAAAUGUGCCAUAUUCGUUGCCCUUACCGGAAUUGUGAUGCUGUUAGAAGUAAUUGAUAGGCCACCUUUCUUUUACGUAUUCGACUAUCAUUCUUUAUGGCAUUUAUCCACAGCACCUUUAGUAGUUCUCAUUUAUAGUUUUGCAAUUGAUGAUUCCAAAUACCUGAGGAAAAAAGAAAUGGAAAGUUCCGAGAACAAAAAGAUUAAACUUCCUUGAGGAUCCCACAGGUGGGUCAAAGCCAAAGAAGUCAAAUAUAAGGGAACUAUGGCCCGCCUUAGAAUCAACAAACAAGGAAUUUCAUUCUACAGAUGAAACCAACUCAAUUUGAGAAGAUUCAAAUAUUUAAUGAGGACUAAGACUACGAUGAAUGUUGCAGCUAUUAGUAUGGGUCAGUUUUAAUGAUAGGGUACCUUUUGUUGGAGCUCUAGUCUUGUGAUAUUUGUUCUUAGGAAUAGACAUCACUCUCCAAUGUAAUUUAUUGGUUCUACAAUAAAAUAAUUUUUUUGUAAU